AUGGCCGCCGACGACGCUCCCACGGGCAGUGACGCGGACCCCGACCCGGAGAGCAACAAGGACUUGCGCAUCACCUUCCAGCAGGGCAUACAUGGCGCAAGCACUGCUCAGGAUGUUACCACCCAGGACGGCAGCCGAGGACGCACCUCGCGCUCCAUAUCCCGCAGGCGAUCCAUGAGCCGUGACUCGUCCACCCGUCCUCCAGCGUCCCCUUACACUGGUGUGCAGAUCGAGUACCGCACCCUCUCCAUCCACGUGUCGGAGAGCCGCAACGUUGUUGCCGCAGACGAGCCCAAGACCGAUAAGAUCAAGGGAGACGACAAGGAAUACUUUGCCAACCUCACUUUUCAUGAACUGGGUAUCGACCAGAUAUGCCAGCAGCUCAACGUUUCGCAGGCCCAAGGCCUGUCCGACUCGUCGGCUGCAAAUCGCAUACAGCGAGACGGCAGGAACACCCUUCCAAAACCAAAGACCAACUAUACCAAGAAGCUUGUGGGAUACGUAUUUGGCGGAUUCUGCUCGGUCCUCUGGGUCGGCGUCAUUAUCUUCUUCCUCUGCUGGCGGCCCCUGAGCGACCCUCCCUCCGUCACCAACCUCGCCCUUGCCAUCCUGGUCAUCAUUGUCAUUAUUCUCCAAGCCGGAUUCUCUGCCUUUCAAGACUGGUCGACCCAGCGCACCAUGAAGUCUAUCACAGACCUGCUACCUGCAGAUGCUUUGGUCGUUCGGGAGGGCCAGCUGAUCAAGAUACCCUCUACCGAGCUCGUCAGCGGUGACAUUGUUCACUUGACCAUAGGCAACAAGGUCCCAGCCGACAUGCGUCUCUUGUCCCACUCUGGCGACAUUCGCUUCGACAGGUCUGUAUUAACGGGCGAGUCGGACGAGAUUGAAGGUUCGGUCGACGCCACGGACGCAAACUUGUUGGAGAGUCGUAACAUUGCGCUAAUGGGCACGCUCGUGGUCAACGGGAGCGGCGUCGGCGUCGUCAUCCUCACCGGCUCGCGAAGCGUCAUGGGCCGCAUUGCGCAGGCCGCUGUCGGCACAAAAGAGCGGGCUACCCUGAUCCAAAAGGAGAUCUGGCGGUUUGUCCGCAUCAUCGUCUGCCUCACAGUGCUCCUGGCUCUCCUCAUCCUUCUCACCUGGGUUGGAUGGCUGAGGCGCGAUCAUUUCGCGUACAUGAACGUCGUCGCCAUGCUCAACAACGUCAUGGGCUGCGUCGUAGCCUUUAUCCCGGAGGGUAUGCCCGUCGCUGUUGCUCUGACCAUGAUGAUGGUGGCGCGCCGCAUGAAGGCCACCAACGUCCUCCCCAAGGGUCUGUCGACCGUUGAGACUCUGGGCUGCGUCAACGUCAUCUGCUCUGACAAGACUGGGACGCUGACUGAGAACAAAAUGCACGUCAACUCGGUCGCCUUCCUUGAUAAGCCAGUGGAUCCGGACGAGGCCCGGCGAGUGCUCAAUGGGACAGGGGCAGGGCCAAACUAUCGCAAGCUCCACCAAGCCGCAGCCUUGUGCAACGACGCGACAUUCGAUCCGACCACGAUACACCUGCCCAUCGCGGACCGUCAGGUCCAAGGGAACGCCACGGAUGCCGCCAUUCUCCGCUUGGCUGCCGAGUGCGGGGACCACAGUGCUGUGGUCGCCUCGAUGCCUCGUGCCUUUGAGAUUCCUUUCAACUCGAAGAACAAGUGGAUGCUCACGAUGCAUGAGAUGCCGCUCACCUCUACUUCUCUCGCCAACGGUAAAGCGGCACGGUAUCAGGUCUUCAUCAAGGGAGCUCCCGAUGUUUUGCUCGAGUCUUGCUCGAGCUACUGGUCUGACGAAUACAACACCGUACGCCCGCUCGACUCCGGCGCCCGGUCGACGCUCAAGUCAUACCAGGACCAGCUGUCCCGCAAUGCCGAGAGGGUCAUCCUGCUUUGUGAAAAGACGACGAGCCCCGUGAGCAAGCCAGGGACCAACGCCUUCAGCGACGAGGUCACGGCCUCGGCGCUGGACGACUUGACCAUCGUUGGCAUUCUCGGCAUCACAGACCCGCCGCGCGCAGAGACCGCUGCCACUGUGGCACAGUGUCGGCGGGCCGGUGCCCGCUUCUUCAUGGUGACGGGCGACUACGGCAUGACGGCCGCGGCGAUCGCGCGCAAUGUCGGGAUUCUCACCGGCUGCGCCGACCCAGAUACCAUCGAGACCAUCCGGCAGGGCAUCGUGCAGCCGGACGAGCUGCGCCAGGCUCGCGAAGCCGGCGACGGGCGCAGCCUGGUGCUCGAGGGCCGCUCCAUGAGCGCGCUGACCUCGGACCACUGGGAUGCCAUCUGCGAGUACGAGGAGGUUGUGUUUGCGCGGACGACGCCCGAGCAGAAGCUGCGCAUCGUCAACGAGUUCCGGGAUCGCGACAAUGUCGUGGCUGUGACAGGGGACGGCGUCAAUGACGCGCCCGCCCUUCGCGCUGCUGACGUGGGCGUAGCCAUAGUCACUGGGAGCGAUGUUGCGAUCGAGGCUGCGGAUCUCGUUCUGCUGGACCGUUUCGACUCGAUCGUCGAUGCCAUCCGCCUGGGUCGCCUCGUUUUUCAGAACCUGCAAAAGGUCAUCUCCUAUCUACUGCCGGCCGGCAGCUGGUCCGAGAUCUGGCCCGUGCUGGUCAACGUCUUCUUCGGCGUGCCCCUCCCGCUGAGCUCGUUCCUGAUGAUCAUCAUCUGUGUCUUCACCGAUCUCUUCAUGUCGCUGUCCCUCAUCAUGGAGCGCGAGGAAUUCGACCUCAUGUCUCUACCUCCCCGCCGCGCCAAGAAGGACCACCUAAUCACCUCCAAGAUUUACAUUCAGGCCUACCUCUUUACAGGCUUCAUGGAGACGUGCACGGCACACGCCAUGUUCUUCCUCUACAUGUGGCAACAUGCGGGCAUUCCCAUCAGCGAGCUGUUCUUUCUAUUUGAGGGCUACGAUGAGGGAUUCCACGGCUACAGCAAGGACCAGCUGACGCAGUUCAACGCCACGGGUCAGUGUGUCUACUUUGUCACACUCGUGAUCCUGCAGUGGGGCAACAUCCUGUCGGUGCGAAGCAGACGGGUGAGCAUAGUGCAGGCCGAUCCGUUUACGAAGAAGCGGCGCAACCCGUGGUUGAUUGCCAGCAUCCUGAUCAGCCUUGCCAUUGCCAUCUUCGUCACCGAAGUGCCUGGCAUUCAGAAUCUCUUCGGCACGGCAUCUGUACCUAUCAACUUUUGGCUGAUUCCGCUUCCGUUGGCUUUGGGUAUCCUGGUCAUGGACGAGAUUCGUAAGCUGGUUGUCAGACUGUUCCCCAAAGGUCCAAUCGCCAAGAUUGCAUGGUGA